AUGUACCCCUAUAACAAUUUCGGAGGGUUUCAGAACUCGCAGUUCUCUAAUGGGUACCCACAGAACCAAAACCAGCAACAACAACAACCUAUGAAUGGAUUUCAAACUAGUUUUCAACCCCAGGCAACCGGUUUCCAACAACCUCAGGUAACUGGCUUCCAACAGCCUCAAGCCACUGGUUUUCCACAAGGUUUUAACACUGGAUUCCAAACCAGCUUUCAAGCACAACCAACCGGUUUUCAAACAUUUCAACCCCAACAACAACAGCCACCGGCAUCUUUCCAAGCGCAACCAACCGGAGGUUUUGGAUUCCCCGGGACAUCUUUUAAUCAAGCUCAACCAACUGGAAUGACCGCCCAACCACUUGUGUCCCAACCAACUGGCUUUAACGCUUAUGGUGACACCUUUUUGAAAGCCCAACCAACCGGUUAUGCAUCCAAGCCUAUCAAUGAUGAGUUGAAACUUCCAAAUACUAGAUUGUCCUUUGUGACCAUGGAACAACAACAAAAGUAUGAAAAAUUGUUUCUAAAGAGUGUUCCAAGAGGCGAGCGCUCAAUUUCUGCCGAUAUUGCGAGAAAGAUUUUACUUAAAUCGCAAUUGCCAGCUUCCACUUUGAGCCAAGUUUGGGCAUUAGCAGACACAAACAAAGCAGGAUCAUUAUUAUUUCCUGAAUUUGUAUUGGCAUUACACCUAUGUAAUGUUGUAUUACAUGGUGAUAAAUUGCCAGUUGUCUUGCCACCAAAGAUCAAAAAUGAAGUGACCAGUUACGUUGAUGAAAUUAGUUUCUCUGUUCCAGAUCCAAGCGAAAGAUCUAACAAUGCGUUCGUUCAAGAUGAACAGCAACAAAAACCAAGUACUGGUUUGAUGCAAAUUAAUCCAACUGGAUUCCAACCUCAGGCUACAGGGUUCCAACAAGCUCCUAUGACAAGCUUCCAACCUCAAGUUACUGGCUUCCAACCUCAGGUUACUGGCUUACCAAAUACUAGUUUUCAACCGCAAAUGACGGGAAUGCAACCGCAAAAUACUGGUUUCCUUCCUCCUACAAGUUUCCAACCUCAAAUUACCGGGCUCCAACCUCAGCAAACGGGCUAUCUUAUGUCACAACCAACUGGUCAAAUCGGGCUAGUUCCCCAAAAGACCGGUGUUGUCACUGCCGGUUUGCAAGCCAUGCAAAGCCAAUUUAUGGGUAAUGGCCAAUCACAGAAUUUCCAAUUGUCCUCCAACCAGAUUGGUAAUGUUAAUGAAGUGUUAACCAAAUCCGAAAUUCAUGUUUUUUCUAACAUUUUUAAACAACAUUCCAAGUCUGGCUAUCUCGAAGCGGCAGCUGCCAUCGAGGUGUUCUCGAAAUCUGGCUUGGCUAGACAAUUUUUGGAACAAAUCUGGACUUUGGCUGAUAUUAACAAUAAGGGUAAAUUGACAAGAGAAGAAUUUAUUGUUGCUAUGAAGUUGAUUUACAACAAGUUGGCAGGUAUACCAAUUCCAGUGCGUUUACCUCCUGAAUUGGUUCCCCAAUCUUCCAGAAUUAUUGAUGACGUCAAGUCUUCCCUCAAGAGCUAUUCAUCAUCAGGUAACACAUUAGGUGGCAAGAAGAAGUCUACUGAUGCUGCAAGAUUCAAGAAUGAUGAUAGUGCAAUCCAUUAUAGUUCUAGCGCUCGCCACAAGAAACCUUCUAAGGCACCAGUUUCUGCGAACUCCUCAUAUUCCAAUGAUGUGUCAUCCUCUGCUAGUGGUGAAGAAUUAAUUAAUCAAUUGAAAAAAUCUAUCCGCGAAAAAGAAAUUAUCUUGCAAGCUUUGGAUGCUAAAGAAGAUGAAGCAAAUUUGGAAAAUCACAAGCAACAAUCAUAUGAUGAGGCCGAAAUUAGUAACUUGAAACACAGAAUCAAGGAUGUUCAGAAUGAUAUUAAUAAGAUCCCAGACAACAAUAAUAUGUUUAGUGCUACUACCAUGAACACUAAGGACGAAUUAUUGAAAAAGUUGAAUUACUUGACUGCCAAGGUUCCAGAUCUUAUUUCCAGUAUUCAAUUAACAGAUAAGGAAAUCAACUCAAUGAAGAUUGAAUUAUUCAAGUCUGAUUUAUUGAAGAAGAAUCCAAACUCUAGCUUUGGAAUUAAUAAUGUUGAUCCAAAUGAUAAGAAAGCCUUAUUGAGAGCGAGAAUCAAUGCUUUGACCAAUAAAAAUAGUGGAGCUGAAUCAAACGACUUACUAUUAAGCAACGAAAUCAAUAGAUUGAACCAAGAAAGUUUGCAGCAACAACAAAUAAUUGGUGACAUUGAAGGUAGUAUUAGAGAUUUGGAAUCAAGCUUGGAAAACAAUCUCAAAUCAAUGUACGGAGCUCAAGAUCAAGUUGGGUUUGAAAAAUGGGAGCAAGGGGUUGGCAUUAGCGAAAGUGUUAACUCUUUUAUUUCUGAAUUGAAAAAUGGUAAUUUCUCUUCUUAUCCUAGCACUUCUACUUACAAUCCUUCAUCGGCUCCUGCUACCCCAAAUGUUGCUACAAAGGUUACGUCUACAGUUGCCAAAAAGCCAGCUGCCAAAAAGCCAGCUGCCAGAACUCCAGAGGAAAGAUCUGCAUACAUCAAGGAACAAGCUGCGAAGCGCAUGGCUGAGAAGUUAGCAAAAUUUGGCUUGAGAAGCUCGGUGGCCUCCUCGUCACCAUCAACCACUUCCACUCCUCUGAGAAGCGAGACCAGCUCUCCUGUCAAUGGCUCUCUUUCAACUCAAAGAGCAGUUGCAACUCAGCCAGUAGCUGUAGUUCAACCAGUUGCCCCGGUCACACAGCCGGCUGCAACCGAAGAAGAUGAAAGCUCCGAUGAAUCUGAUGAUGAAGAGUAUCAAGAAUUAUUGAGAGAGAAACAAAGAUUGGAACAGGAAAAAAUUGAAAAAGAAAAGGCGGCAGCAGCAGCAGCUGCUGCUAUGACUACCCCAGCCAAGAAACUGGAAAAAGACGAAAAAAAAGAGAGAAAGAGAAGAGAAAAGGAAGAACGUCUCAAAAAAUUGAAGGAAGAAAUGAAACAAUUGAAGGCUGGAAAUACCCAAACUUCAACCCCUACCUCUUUUAUCUCUUCAUCAAAUGGUACUCCGCUGCCUGCUCCGGUUACUCAACCACCGCCAGCUGUCCAAAAUCAUUCGUACAACCCAUUCGCUAAGAGUGCUUCUGCUACUCCUGCUAGUACCCCUGCUCCGGCUACUGCUCCUUCUCCUAUUGCUACCCCACAGCCUCCAAAGGAAUCAGUUUCAACAUCGUCUGGUAGUUCUAAUCCAUUCUUCCGUCCACCACCACCAGUUGUUGAUCCUAAGAAGGAGGAAAAGAAACCAGAAGUUAAGAAAGAAUCAUCACAGCCAUUCGAUAUUAACAAAGCUAUCGCUCAAAAGCAUCGUAGAUUUGAUAAUGAUAGUGAUGAUGGAUGGGGUGAUGGCGAGGAUGAUAAGGGUGACGAAGAUGAGGAAGAUUUACCAAUUAGAAGUAAAGGUAAUAAUGGUUUAGGUAGCUUGCUCUUUGGUGGAUCCCCUGCCCCGCAAUCUGCUACUCCACCCCCUGUUGCUGCUGCUCCACCAGCUCCACCAGCUCAACAGGCACCGGUCGCUCCUCCUAUCCCUGUUGCUCCACCUUCACCAAUUGUGGUGCAACAACAAGAUAUUCCUGCAUCACCAGCUUUAUCGGACGCUUCUGAUUUAUCAUUACCAGACUCUGUUGAAUCAUUUGAAGAUGCUGUUGAAUCCAAUUCUCCAGGAAUUCCAUAUGGCGCUCCACCGCCAAUUCCAGGUACCGAAGCACCAUCGGCUCCAUUUGGAGCACCUCCUCCUCCCCCAGCUCCUUCUACUGAGUCACCAUCUGCUCCAUUUGGUGUACCACCACCACCACCACCUCCUCCUAUGGCUGCUGCUCCAUCUCUUCCUGCAUCAGGGCCUUUCAGUGCCCCACCACCACCUCCUCCUCCACCUGCAUUGUCUAGUACUCCUACUGGUGGCGCACCUGCAAUGCCACAAAUGAAUGCUUUAUUUGCGCAAAUUACUGGUGGCAGAUCCCUAAAAUCUGUUCCUAAGGACGAAAUGCAUGUUGUGGAAGGUACCGUUGGUAAGGUCUUGGAUUGA